AUGGACAAAAGCUGGAUGCAUAUUACGAACCGAUUUAGGUCCACAGAAUAUCGGGAAGGGGUAAAUCAAUUCAUGACACUCGCCGAGGCUCAUGCAACAACAAACAAUAUCAGGUGUCCUUGUCGUAACUGUCUUAAUAACUUUUUCCACACUUUAGACUUGGUCCAAAGACACCUAUUCACUAUAGGAAUUGAUGAAAACUACACUGAAUGGAUUUUUCAUGGCGAGGAAGAGACUUGGGAUGCUAAUGAGUUUGAUGCUAAUGUCAAUGAAGUGCAAAAUGACGACUAUGUUGAUGACAUAGAUGAAAUGUUAGAUGACAUCCAACUUGGAUCAUUUACAAAUGUGGAUCCUGUUGAUCAGAAUACUAGUGAAGGACCCACCUAUGUGGACCCUAGAGCAAAAACUUUUGAGCAAUUAUUGGAAGAUGCCAAACGUCCACUCUAUCCUGGUUGUGCUAAGUUUUCAAAGUUAUCCUUCAUUGUAAAGUUGUUGCAUAUAAGGACGAUUGGGGGGUGGAGUGUUAAAUCAUUUGACAUGCUACUAAAGUUGUUGAAAGCUUCCUUUCCGGAUGCAGUUUUGCCUGACUCAUACCGCGAGUCACGGCGGAUGGAGCGGGCCAUUGGUUUUGAUUAUGUAAAGAUUGAUGUAUGUCCAAAUGAUUGUAUCCUAUACUGGAAAGAAAAUGUUGAAAAGCAUGUUUGUCCUAAAUGUCAAUUAUCAAGAUGGGUAACCCGCACAAGUAAACAGAAAAAAAUCCCGCACAAAGUACUUCGAUACUUUCCGUUAAAACCAAGAUUGAAAAGGUUGUUUAUGUCUAAAGAUACAGCUGCAGCCAUGCGGUGGCACAAAGAACAAGGUGUUGAUGAUUCUAAUGUCAUGAGGCAUCCACGUGAUUCAGUUAGGUGGAAGGAAUUUGAUGAAGAGCACAUAUCAUUUUCCAUCGAUGCUCGUAAUGUGCGCCUUGGUCUAGCCAGUGAUGGAUUCAAUCCUUUCAAUAAUAUGAGUAAACCUUAUAGUGUAUGGCCAGUAAUACUUGUCCCUUAUAACCUGCCACCAUGGUUGUGCAUGAAAGACCAGUUCUUCAUGCUGUCUCUUUUAAUUCCUGGACCAAAGGCACCGAGAAAUGAGAUUGAUGUGUAUUUGCAGCCUCUUAUUGAUGAAUUGAUUGAAUUAUGGGAAAAUAGUGUUGAGACAUAUGAUGCAUCGAGAAAACAGGUGUUUCAAUUACAUGCAGCAUUAUUAUGGACGAUUAAUGACUUUCCCGCAUAUGGAAAUCUUUCAGGGUGGAGCACGAAGGAAAAAUUGGCAUGUCCAACUUGUAAUGGCGACACUAACUCUUUGUGGUUGAAAUAUGGUCGAAAACAUUAUUUCAUGGGUCAUCGUCGUUUUCUAUGUCCAGAACAUAUUUGGAGGAAGAAGAAGGCUAAUUUUAAUGGCAGCACUGAUCACCGCACCCCACCUUCUGAAUUAUGUGGCCAUGAUCUACUGAAUCAACUAAGUAAUGUUGGAGAUUUUUUAUUUGAAAAAGGUGAAAGGAAAAGAAAGCGAAGACCCGAUGAACUUAACUGGACAAAAACAAGUAUCUUUUUCCAAUUACCUUAUUGGUCAUCAUUGAAACUUCGACAUAAUCUUGACGUCAUGCAUAUUGAGAAGAACAUUUGUGACAACGUGUUAGGAACAUUGAUGACGAUUCCAGGCAAAACUAAAGAUUCAAUUAAUGCACGUAGGGACUUGUUUAAUCUUGGUAUAAAGAAGGAUUUACAUUUACAAGAACAUGGACAUAAACUUGUUACACGUUGCACGGAGAUGAGAGGAGAAGCUUUUGCAAGUGGCUACAAGCUGUGA